GAAGCACAUGCAUAAUAUGAUGCUCUUGCAGCAGAACAUGAAACAGAUCCAGCACAACCUGCACUUAGGCCUUGCACCUGCUGAGGCAGAACUCUACCAGUACUACCUAGCCCAGAACAUAGGCCUGACUGGAAUGAAACUGGAGAAUCCAGCAGACCCACAGAUGAUGAUCAAUCCAUUCCAGCUUGAUCCAGCAACAGCUGCGGCUUUGGCACCAGGACUUGUAAAUAAUGAGCUGCCGCCUGAAAUCCGGCUUGCCAGUGGUCAGCUAAUGGGUGAUGACCUGUCCCUCCUUACUGCAGGAGAACUGUCACCUUAUAUCAGUGACCCAGCGCUGAAGCUAUUCCAGUGUGCUGUUUGCAACAAAUUCACCUCUGACAGCCUGGAGGCCCUAAGUGUGCAUGUAAGCAGUGAACGCUCACUCCCCGAAGAGGAGUGGAGGGCUGUAAUUGGAGACAUCUACCAGUGCAAGCUCUGUAACUACAACACUCAGCUCAAAGCGAACUUCCAGCUCCACUGCAAGACUGACAAACAUAUGCAGAAAUAUCAGCUGGUGGCUCACAUUAAAGAAGGGGGCAAAACUAAUGAGUGGAGGCUGAAGUGUAUUGCCAUUGGCAACCCAGUUCACCUAAAAUGUAACGCCUGUGACUACUACACCAACAGCGUGGAUAAAUUGCGCUUACAUACUACCAAUCACAGGCACGAGGCAGCCCUGAAACUCUACAAGCACUUGCAAAAGCACGAGAGCACAGUAAACCCUGAGUCCUGCUAUUACUACUGUGCUCUAUGCGAUUACUCCAGCAAGGUCAAGCUGAACCUGGUACAACAUGUCCGCUCAGUGAAGCACCAGCAGACAGAGGGCCUACGCAAGCUCCAGUUACACCAGCAAGGGCUGGCACCGGAGGAGGACAACCUGAGCGAGAUAUUUUUUGUCAAAGACUGCCCACCAAAUGAGCUUGAAGAACAAGGUGAAGAUACGGAAGGGUCUGCUAAAAGUACAUCAGUGUCUGUGGCUGAUGAUAAAGACUCAAGUGAGAGAGACAAUAGUGAAGGCAAAAAAUCUAGUAAAGACUCUGGAAUAGUCACACCAGAGAAGGAACCAAAAGUGAACACUGUGGUAGGGGCACAACAACUUCUUCUGACAAAAGAAGAGGAUGGUGCAGCUAAAAAAUCAAAGCCUCCAGAGGACAGUAAAUUUUGUCAUGAGCAGUUCUAUCAAUGCCCUUAUUGUAACUACAAUAGUAGGGACCCAAAUCGUAUCCAGAUGCAUGUCCUGUCACAGCAUUCAAUGCAACCUGUUAUCUGCUGCCCCCUCUGCCAGGAUGUCCUCAGCAACAAAAUGCAUCUCCAGCUUCAUUUGACCCAUUUGCACAGUGUGUCCCCUGACUGUGUGGAGAAACUGCUCAUGACAGUUCCUGUACCAGAUGUCAUGAUGCCCAAUAGUAUGCUAUUGCCAGCAGCUGCUUCAGAGAAAUCUGAACGUGACACACCUGCAACCAUUACAACUGAGGGAUCUGGGAAAUAUCCAGGUGAAAGUCCUGUGGAUGAGAAAAGUACCCCUGGGAUUGAUGAAUCAAAAACUGGAAUGGAAAUUAAGACCGAGGAACAGAAGCCACCUAAGGAAUCUACUGAAACACCAGAUUGGAAUAAGAGCAGCAGUAAAGAUAUAAAGACCACUGACUCAAUGACGGAUCAGCUAAAUGAACAGCAGAAGAAGCAACAGCUCUCUGUUUCUGACCGCCAUGUCUAUAAGUACCGUUGUAACCAUUGUAGCUUGGCUUUUAAGACUAUGCAGAAGCUUCAGAUACAUUCCCAGUAUCAUGCUAUUCGGGCAGCUACCAUGUGUAGCCUUUGCCAGCGUAGCUUCCGUACAUUCCAGGCUUUAAAAAAACACUUGGAAGCAGGCCACCCCGAACUCAACGAAGCUGAACUUCAGCAGCUAUGUGCGUCUUUACCUGUCAAUGGUGAACUCUGGGCAGAAAGUGAAAGUAUGGCACAAGAUGAUCAUGCACUAGAACAGGAAAUAGAAAGAGAUUAUGAGAUGGACCAGGAAGGUAAAGCAAGUCCUGUAGGAAGUGAUAGUAGCUCUAUUCCAGAUGAUAUGGGCUCAGAACCAAAGCGGACCUUACCUUUUAGAAAAGGGCCAAAUUUUACUAUGGAAAAAUUUCUAGAUCCAUCUCGCCCAUAUAAAUGUACAGUGUGCAAAGAAUCUUUCACCCAAAAGAAUAUUCUCUUGGUCCACUAUAACUCAGUGUCCCAUCUACAUAAACUCAAAAAGGUUUUGCAGGAAGCAUCAAGUCCUGUCCCUCAAGAAACCAACAGCAGCACUGACAACAAACCCUACAAAUGCAGCAUUUGUAAUGUUGCAUAUAGCCAAAGUUCUACAUUGGAAAUUCAUAUGAGAUCUGUGCUUCAUCAAACAAAGGCAAGGGCUGCAAAAUUAGAACCAAGUGGUAACAUAAGUAGCGGAAAUAGUGUAGCAGGGAAUGUUAAUAGCCCCAGCCAAGGAAUGCUAGAAUCUAUGAGCUUACCAGCAGUUAACAGCAAAGAAACACAUUUAGAUGCCAAAGAAUUAAAUAAAAAGCAAGCUUCUGAAUUAAUUUCUGCUCAGCCUACACAUCACCCACCCCAGUCACCAGCACAACUUCAAAUGCAACUGCAACAUGAACUGCAACAGCAAGCUGCGUUUUUUCAACCCCAGUUUCUAAACCCAGCUUUUUUGCCUCACUUUCCAAUGACACCAGAAGCAUUGCUGCAAUUUCAACAGCCUCAGUUCCUUUUCCCAUUCUAUAUACCUGGGACAGAAUUUAGCUUAAGCCCAGAUCUGGGUUUGCCUGGUUCUGCCACAUUCGGUAUGCCUGGAAUGGCUGGUAUGACAGGAUCACUGCUAGAAGAUUUGAAGCAGCAGAUACAAACUCAGCACCAUGUUGGCCAAACCCAGCUACAGAUACUGCAGCAACAAGCACAACAGUAUCAAUCCACCCAACCCCAAAUUCAGUCCCAAAAACAGCAGCCCCAAAGUAGCAAGCUGAUGAAAGCAGAACAAAAUACCUUAGUAAGCACAGACUGCCAGCUGAUAAAGGAUAUGCCAUCCUAUAAGGAGUCAGAAGAAAUUUCUGAGAAACAAGAGAAGCCAAAGCAAGAAUUUACUAAUGAGAACGAAGUACUAAAAGAAAACAAAGAUAUGAAGAAGCCAAAAUCCUCAGAACCAGCCAUCCCACCUCCUAGAAUAGCUUCUGGAGCAAGGGGGAAUGCAGCCAAAGCUUUGUUGGAGAACUUUGGGUUUGAGUUGGUUAUCCAAUACAAUGAAAACAGACAAAAAGUGCAGAAAAAAAGCAAGACUGGUGAAGGCGAAAACACAGACAAACUGGAAUGCGGAACCUGCAGUAAGCUCUUUUCUAACAUUCUUAUUCUGAAGAGUCAUCAAGAACAUGUACAUGGACAGUUUUUUCCUUAUGGAGCAUUAGAAAAGUUUGCACGACAGUACAGGGAGGCGUAUGACAAGCUUUAUCCAAUUUCUCCAUCUUCUCCAGAGACACCACCACCUCCACCACCGCCUCCUCCACCACCACCACCACCUCCUCCUCCUCCAACUCCUUCUCAGCCUUCUUCAGCUGGGGCUGGAAAAAUUCAGAACACGACUCCCACUCCUUUGCAAGCUCCACCACCCACACCACCACCGCCACCUCCUCCACCACCACCACCUCCUCCUCCGCCACCGCCACCAUCAGCCCCACCUCAAGUCCAGCUUCCCGUUUCACUUGAUCUCCCACUUUUUCCUCCAAUUAUGAUGCAGCCAGUGCAGCAUCCUGCAUUGCCUCCUCAGCUUGCCCUCCAGUUGCCACCAAUGGAUACUUUAUCUGCAGAUCUUACCCAGCUUUGUCAGCAGCAGCUAGGAUUAGAUCCCAAUUUCCUGCGGCACUCUCAGUUCAAGCGUCCACGUACAAGAAUCACAGAUGACCAGUUAAAAAUCUUGCGGGCUUAUUUUGAUAUUAACAAUUCUCCAAGUGAAGAGCAGAUCCAAGAAAUGGCUGAGAAAUCUGGUCUUUCACAGAAAGUUAUCAAGCACUGGUUUCGUAAUACACUGUUUAAAGAACGACAGAGAAAUAAAGAUUCUCCAUAUAACUUCAGCAACCCUCCUAUAACAGUACUGGAAGAUAUCAGAAUAGAUCCUCAACCUUCAGCUGUAGAACCUUACAAGUCUGACGCAUCUUUCAGCAAGAGAUCAUCUAGGACUCGGUUUACUGACUACCAGCUUCGUGUCCUCCAAGACUUCUUUGACACAAAUGCGUAUCCAAAGGAUGAUGAAAUUGAACAGCUUUCAACUGUGCUUAACCUACCUACUCGAGUUAUUGUUGUAUGGUUCCAAAAUGCACGACAGAAAGCUCGCAAAAGUUAUGAAAAUCAAGCUGAAACGAAAGACAAUGAGAAAAGGGAACUGACAAAUGAGCGUUACAUUCGAACUAGUAACAUGCAAUAUCAGUGCAAAAAGUGCAGUGUGGUUUUUCCCAGGAUCUUUGAUUUGAUUACACACCAGAAAAAGCAGUGUUAUAAAGAUGAAGAUGACGAUGCUCAAGAUGAAAGUCAAACUGAAGAUUCUAUGGAUGCCUCUGAUCAAACAGUGUAUAAGAACUGCACAGUUUCGGGCCAAAAUGACUCAUCAAAAAGCCUGGCAGUCACAGCAGCAAGCUCUGGCUCUGGUUCUAGUACUCCUUUGAUUCCAUCACCAAAACCAGAACCUGAGAAAGCUUCUCCUAAACCAGAGUCCACAGAAAAACCAAAACAAAAUGAAACCAUCUCUAAGCAAACUGAUACAACUUCCCAAAGCACCAAACCAGUACAGUCUACUCCAGUAACCUCUUCUGACCCUCAGCCCCCAACUUCUCAAUCACAGCAACAAAAACAAUCACAAAUAGUAGGGAGACCUCCUUCUGCAUCACAAACCACACCUGUUCCUUCCAGUCCUUUACCAAUUUCAAUGAGUUCUCUACAGAACAGUCUACCUCCUCAGUUAUUACAGUACCAAUGUGAUCAGUGUACAGUAGCCUUUCCAACUCUAGAACUUUGGCAAGAGCACCAGCACAUGCAUUUCCUAGCAGCCCAAAAUCAAUUUCUUCACUCACAGUUUUUAGAAAGACCAAUGGAUAUGCCCUAUAUGAUAUUUGACCCCAAUAAUCCUUUGAUGACUGGACAGUUACUUAAUAGUUCUCUUGCUCAGAUGCCACCACAAACAGGCACCUCACAUACAGCACACCCUGCUACAGUUUCUGGUUCCCUGAAACGAAAACUAGAUGAUAAAGAAGACAAUAACUGUAGUGAGAAAGAGGGAGGAAACAGUGGAGAAGAUCAACAUCGUGAUAAGCGUUUAAGAACUACAAUUACUCCAGAGCAGCUGGAAAUACUCUAUGAAAAAUACCUACUAGAUUCCAACCCCACCAGAAAGAUGCUAGAUCACAUUGCACGUGAAGUGGGACUGAAAAAGAGAGUCGUACAAGUCUGGUUUCAGAACACAAGAGCCCGAGAAAGAAAGGGACAAUUCCGUGCAGUUGGUCCAGCGCAGUCCCAUAAAAGGUGUCCUUUUUGUCGAGCUCUGUUUAAAGCAAAGUCAGCUUUAGAAAGUCACAUUCGCUCUCGACAUUGGAAUGAGGGGAAACAGGCUGGUUAUAGUUUGCCUCCGAGUCCUUUGAUAUCAACAGAAGAUGGAGGAGAAAGUCCACAAAAGUACAUAUUUUUUGAUUACCCAUCACUAUCAUUAGCAAAAACUGAAUUAUCAAGUGAAAAUGAAUUAGCCUCCACUGUAUCAACCCCUGUUAGCAAAACUGCAGAAAUGUCACCGAAGAACCUUUUAAGUCCUUCUUCUUUUAAAGCAGAGUCUAGUGAGGAUAUAGAAAAUUUGAAUGCCCCUCCUGCUGACUCGGGAUAUGAUCAAAACAAGACUGACUUUGAUGAGACUUCAUCAAUUAAUACAGCAAUUAGUGAUGCCACAACAGGGGAUGAGGGGAACAAUGAAAUGGAAAGCACGACUGGCAGUUCAGGGGAUGCAAAACCUGCAUCACCUCCCAAAGAACCAAAACCACUUGUGAAUGACACGCUAUCAAAAGCUGCAACUACACCUACAAAUGAGAAUACCGAUGAUAAAUUUAUCUUUUCCCUAACAAGCCCCUCAAUACAUUUCAGUGAAAAAGAUGGUGAUCAUGACCAAAGUUACUACAUUACUGAUGAUCCUGAUGAUAAUGCUGACCGCAGUGAAACUUCAAGCAUAGCCGAUCCAAGUUCACCUAACCCAUUUGGAGCUAGCAAUCCUUUUAAAUCCAAAAAUAGUGAUCGGCCAGGCCACAAACGUUUCCGGACACAAAUGAGUAACCUUCAACUUAAAGUUCUCAAGGCUUGCUUUAGUGACUACCGGACUCCAACAAUGCAGGAAUGUGAAAUGCUUGGGAAUGAGAUUGGCCUGCCCAAACGUGUGGUCCAGGUCUGGUUUCAAAAUGCACGGGCUAAAGAAAAGAAAUUCAAAAUUAACAUAGGGAAGCCAUUCAUGAUAAAUCAGACUGGACCUGAUGGGACAAAACCAGAAUGUUCUCUGUGUGGUGUGAAAUAUUCUGCGCGUUUGUCCAUAAGAGAUCAUAUCUUUUCCAAACAACAUAUUACAAAAGUGAGAGAAACUGUGGGAAGUCAGCUAGAUCGGGAGAAAGAUUAUUUAGCUCCUACAACGGUUAGACAGCUGAUGGCACAGCAAGAAUUGGAUCGCAUAAAGAAGGCUACUGAUGUACUAGGAUUAACAGUACAGCAGCCAGGCAUGAUGGACAGCAGUUCUCUUCAUGGUAUCAGUUUGCCAGCAGCUUAUCCAGGACUCCCUGGCCUUCCUCCUGUUCUUCUGCCUGGAAUGAAUGGUCCAUCCUCCUUACCCGGUUUUCCACAAAGUUCAAACACUUUAACAUCUCCUGGUGCAGGCAUGCUUGGGUUUCCUACUUCAGCUACUUCGUCUCCUGCCCUGUCUCUCAGCAGUGCCCCCUCCAAACCUUUGCUGCAGACUCCACCACCACCACCUCCACCACCACCACGC